AUGGGUUUCCACCAAUACCUCGCCCGCACCGCCCUUCAACUGGCUGCGCGCCAGACGAGCGAUUCAGACGACAGUGAAGAUGCCGAACCAGGACAGAAGGAGAUAUACGCUUCAUGGGCGCUGCUCAUUCUCAUCGUCCUGCUUAUCGUAGCUUUCUUCACCAGCUAUGUGUUGCAGUCGAAACGGAUACAGGCGGUCCAUGAGACGGUCAUAUCAAUCUUCGCGGGCAUGGUGAUAGGGUUGAUAUUACGGUUAACGGCUGUAACGAGUGUUCUGGACGCCGUGAGCUUCAACUAUCAGUUCUUCUUCAACUUGCUGUUACCUCCCAUCAUCUUGGCCAGUGGAUAUGAGCUCCAUCAGGCUAAUUUCUUCCGGAAUAUCGGCACCAUUCUGACAUUUGCUUUUGCUGGUACGCUAAUAUCCGCGUUUGUGCUCGGCGUCAUACAAUGGAUAUGGACCAAGAUAGUGCCGCUGGAGGGGCUGGAUCUCUCAUUCGUCGACGCCAUGUCCGUAGGCGCAACGCUCUCUGCGACCGAUCCUGUCACGAUUCUGGCAAUCUUCAACACCUAUAAGGUCGAUCCGAAGCUGUACACCAUCAUCUUCGGCGAGUCGAUUCUCAAUGAUGCCAUCGCAAUCGUAAUGUUCGAGACGGCGCAAGCAUACCGUGCCGGAGCUACUGCCGGCAAGCUUACCGUCCUCAGCCUGUUCGAAUCCAUGGGCCUGUUCUUGGGUGUCUUCUGCGGCUCCCUGGUGAUUGGUCUGGCGAUCGGCAUUGCGACGAGUCUGCUUCUCAAGUACACCCACUUGAGGCGAGAGUCAAAAAUCGAGAGCUGCAUUAUCAUACUGAUCGCUUACUUGUCAUACUUCCUGGCGAAUGCAGUGCAUAUGAGUGGCAUCGUGUCUUUACUGUUCUGCGGGAUUUGCCUAAAACACUACGCCUACCACAAUAUGUCUCGCCGCACACAGCUUACAACGAAGUUCACUUUCUCCGUCACGGCACAGCUAUCAGAGAAUUUCAUCUUCAUUUAUUUAGGCCUCUCGCUCUUUACAGAGGCUGGGCUGGAGUACAAGCCGCUUUUCAUUCUGAUCACCGUCAUCGGCAUUUGCGUAGCGAGAUGGUGCGCCGUCUUUCCGCUCAGCGCUGCUGUCAACUGGUUCAUCCGCUACCGCGCGAGGCGGAGAGGUCAGGAAGUUGCGGAAGAGAUUCCAUCAAACUGGAAAAUGAUGCUGUACUGGGCUGGUCUUCGUGGAGCGGUUGGCGUGGCGCUCGCUGCUGGUCUGACCGGUCCGAAUGCGUUUGCGCUCAAAGCCACUGUACUCGUUGUGGUCGUGCUCACAGUGAUCAUCUUCGGUGGCACUACGGCUCGCAUGCUUGAGAUUCUCAACAUACGGACUGGUGUUGUGGAAGAGAUCGACAGUGACGACGAAUUCGACAUCGAGCCUAUCCGCCACCAGAAUGGUUCGUACGCUCGCAAGAACGGCACCGCCUUUGGACACUCGCCCAAAGUGAGUGGGGUAAACGGCGCAAUUGGUCUCGACCAUUUCAAGGACAACACACGUGAUGGUGCCCAAAGCACGUAUAGCACCGGCAGUACGAACGGAAGCCCUCCCAUCGAACCGAAUUUUAGCCGCCGCAAUAGCUCACGCAACCGGAACGAUCUUCAGAACACCGCAGAGCAAGGCCUGCUUGACCCAGAUGAGUUCAGCCAGGUCAAUAGCGACGAUGAUGACCUUGGACUCCCCCCUUCAGCGCGGAGGUCGCCGGCAGCGCGACCGGUCAACCCCGAGGCAGAUACGAACAACCCCUAUCCGAUGUCAGGGUCGAGGCCGGAGACUGGUACACCACAGCCGAUCGGCGCACGAGCGGCACUGAGUCAGAUACUGAAUGCGACCACGGAGGAUGCGGGAAAUCUGUUCAACAAGCUGGAUGAGAACUUUCUGAAGCCGCAUCUGCUGCUGGAUCCCGGCGGUGCGUCAAAGCAUGGCGGAAGCAGCUAG